AUGUUUGCCAACCGCCAUGAAACAUCAGAAGAAGAAGCAGCAGCAGCCUAUGCUAAGGCCUUUUGAAGCUAACAUAACCUACCCAUAAAAACAACUAACUUUAACCUCGUUAGUCUCACAGUCUGCUCCGUUUUUACUCGGCAUGGUGUCUCACAAACAGAAGAAGGUGUGGAAAUACGUGGAGGAGGGCAGUCUGCUGAAGCUGAAGUCGUACCUCCGGAAGCACCGGGACCUGGAUGUGAACUUCUCCCAGGGCAGGAGGGAGAGGAGCCCGCUACACCUGGCCUGCUGCCUGGGAGACGACGCUGUGCUGCGGCUGCUGCUCGAACACGGAGCCGAUGUUCUCCAGAAGGACCGUAAAGGAGACACAGCGUUACACACCGCAGUCAACAGGGCUCUGAAACGCGGGAGGACGGCGUAUGAUGACCUGGUUGUGCCUCUCAAAAAGAGCUGUCCACAAGCUAUGAAUGCUCCCAACAGUGCUGGAGUCACACCUGAAGACCUGCUGAAGUGGAUGAAACAUACUGAGACUGCAGAAAACACGAGCCGCCCGACUGAACAAGACUCUGAGAAGGAGUGGCUGGAGAAGCUGUUUGGUGAAUGCGAGGAUGAAUUCUGCGAAACCUUUGGAGUAUAUGAUGCGGAUGAUUUUCUUCCUGUUGAUGACGACGACGUAGACUUCGGGGACUGGGCUGAUCGUAUUAGAAAAGAGUAUUUCGAUAAAAAGCACGCUGAAGCUCAAAGACUGGCAGCGUCGUCUUCUGGAUGGAAAAGGAGGAAGAGUAAACAAGAGAGAGAGCAGGAGGAGCAAAGCAACAAGGAGCUGCAUGAGAGGCUGCAGAGGGAACAUGAAGAGUAUCUGGCACGAGCAGCACGAAAAGAGGAAGAGACUCGGCAGGGUAAGAAGCGCAGGUACGAGGAGGGGUGUGCGGCUACUUUUCACGCUGGCUCUUCAGCUGGCAGCACAAAGCUGAGCUAUGGUGACAUCCCAUGGCCAGCUCCUCGAGGUACAGUGCAGGAGAUGGUGGACGUGAUGCUGCACGGUGUGGACCGAAAGGACGCGCCAGUGUUUCGUAAAGUGCUCCGGAAGCAGCAAGCGCUGUGGCAUCCAGAUAAAUUCGCUCAGCGAUGUGAAGCUCGGUUAGAGGAGAAGGACAAGAAACGGGUCCUGGAUACAGUCACAGCUCUCUCACAGGAGCUCAACAGACUGGCCCAGAGUCUGAGGACUUAAAAUUAAGCAAAUGAUAUCAUCAAACCAGCGUUUCUGGAAAUGUGUAUAUGUAAAAACUGUGUAAAGAAUGUCCAUCGAGACAAAAGCAUCUGGCAAAAUAAAGUAAUGUAAUUGUGAAUAAUUGCAGUUGACCUCAAUCUGAUCUGAUUGACAUUUUCCUGAAGAGAGAGAGAGAGAGUGUGUGUGUGUGUGUGUGUGUGUGUGUGUGUGUGUGUGUGGACUUGCAGGAUUAAAACAGCAUAGCUGGUACCCACUGAGUGGUUUUGGUACCUGAUCGAACACUGAGCAUAAACAUGCUUCUGUUAAAUUCCUGAUUUGAAUAAAAGUAACAACAUCAUCCAGA